AUGAUGCUCGGCUUGCCAAUCGUGGUCGUCCUGGGGCACAUUCUCUCUCGAUGUCACUGCUUCUCAUUCGACAAAGUGAAGCUCGGAAAGGACUCGGUGGCCUUUGUUGGAGGGCCGCUGGGGCAUCCGGCCGUCAUCGUGGUCCCAGAGCUGAUUGGGGUCACCGAGGACGUCAGGAAGCAGGCUUCGCGGAUUGCAGAAGAAGGAGGCUUCCGUGUGCUCAUCGUCGACUUCCACAAGGGUCGAGUUGGCGACAAAGACUUGGAUGCCAAUGCCCUUGCGGAAAAUGUGAGCCUGGAAGGGGCUGUAAAUGAAAUCAGUGAAGCCGCAGCAUACCUGAAAUCCGAGAGGUCUCCGAAAGUUGGCAUAGUAGGAUUCUGCAUGGGUGGUGCGAUAACCUUCGCCGGUUUGGCGACAUCAUCUGACAUCUGCUGUGCAGUGACUUUCCUCAGCAAUGGGGCGCUUCUUGGGGUCAGCCCUGAGACCCUGGAUGUUGACAUGCUCGCAGAUAAACCGGUGCAGGGUCACUUCGGCGCGGCUGAUGCAGGAAGCUAUCUUCCAGAUGCAACGACCGCUCGCUUGCUGGAAGAGCGCUUGCGAGCUGCAGGAAAUCCGGAUGCAACCAUCUUUGUCUACGAUGACUUGGGCCACUCCUUCAUGAAUGAGAGCCCUUAUCCCUUCUCCAGCUUCGCGGAGAGGGAGGUGGAGCUGGGAGUACCGGUAUACGACGCCAAGCAAGCAUCUCUUGCCUGGAGUCGCCUCUUCGAGUUCCUGGGCUGGCACCUGGCUGCCAGGAUCCCACCAACAGAUGAUCUCGACAAGGGUCCGGUGGACAUGGACGAGGCCAGUGGCAAGAUGGACGUGACCAGUCUGAUGGAGCUGCGCUUCAGAGCCUUCGCUGACUGCUUGAAGAACAGAAUGAACUCUGGAGCCCCGAAAGCUCAGGUCUUCGCCCGCCGGCUGCAGCUCCAGGAACGCCUCACCCACCAGUUUGUGGAUGCCGUGUUUGAGCUGCUCUCGCCCAAGGCGGUGGCAGUCAGCCUGGAGGCAACCCACGCCUGCAUGAGCCACCGGGGUGCGUCGGUGCCGUCGAGCACGCGAACGAUUGCACUGCGGGGACCGCAGAAGGACGAUCCCGCCCUAAAAGAGCAGCUGCUCCUUGGUGUUGGCCGUGGUGGAGCGGUGGCCGCCAGACUGUGA